CUUCAGUCUUGCACAGGUGUACCGGGUCCUCCCCUCCAGUCCUGCACAGGUGUAUUGGCUCCUCCCCUCCAGUCUUGCACAGGUGUACCGGCUCCUCCCCUCCAAUCUUGCACAGGCGUAUCGGAUCCUCCCCUUCAGUCUUGCACAGGGUGUACCGGCUCCUCCCCUCUAGUCUUGCCCCGGUGUACCGGCUCCUCCCCUCUAGUCUUGCACAGGUGUACUGACUCCUCCCCUCCACCUGAUUUUUCCCUGGCCCCGCCCCUUUCUUUCACUGGAUUUCAGUUCUUCCAAUCAUGGAGGCUCAGCAUCACAUGUGGGGGUAAUUUAUAUAAAUAUGGCUUGGCUAGUGACGCCCACUCCUCCAGACUGACACUUGCCCAUCAAGGCAUU